AAAAAGGCUAUAGGAGUUCACUAAUAGCUAUUACCCUAUCGGACUCAUCAUGAAGUAACUUGCGUAACUCUUUUGGAGGUGUGUUUAAAAAAGUAAAGCUCCUUAUAUCUCUUGUACUUCUCUUUGCUAGCCAAUCAGCACAAAGGUUGGCUUCUCUAUUAGUGUGCAGGAUCACAAUCUCCCAAGAUUUUUCUUCAUUUGAAUUAUUUCCUUCAUUAUCAAACUGUGACAGAGGAACUCCUCUUCUAGCUCCCUCACUACGUUCCAAACUUCAAUCGAGUCCAUCUUUACAUGUACUCUUCUCAUGCCCAAGUCAUUUGCCAUUUUUAAACCGUGCAAAACUCUCCAUAGUUCUGCCUGGGCUGAAUUCAUAUCAACUAAUGCUGCCGUAAACCCUCCAACCCCGCUCUCCAUUUGUUGUUUUGAUCAGGCCCCCACAUCCAGCUCUGUUGCCUCCAUCUUUAACGGAUCCGUCGACAUUAAGCUUCACCCAUCCUAUUGGAGGUUUUCUCCAACCCAACUUUCUCGAAUCUGGCUUCUUCCUCUCAGUACAAAUGUAGUACUUCUGAUGCAGUAAAAAAGGAUGGCAGAGCACAUAGUUGUACAAUUCCGGGCCAAAGGAUUGUCGCCGUUGGAUAGUCUCGCACAGCGUGCAGGAUGGUUUCUUCCACUUGAUCACAUUUAUGGUAGAAGGGAGAGGUCCUCAAGAAUUUGGCUUUCCUUGCAGCCGUGAGUAAUUUUCCAUGCAUCAUUUGCCACAUGAAGAAGGUUAUGCAUAAUCAUGGAUCAUCAUCAACAAGGCCAAGAAUUAUGGAACUUGAAGAAUUGUAUCAAGGAAUCCCAGAUGAAUCUGUUAACCUCACAUUUCAAGACUUAGCCAAUGUUCAUCAUAAUAAUAGUGUAUCACCAGAAAAGAGAUCAAAUUCCAUAAUUACCCCUACUACUACUACUAACCCUUUUGUUUCACCUAAUUCUUCUCCUCCUAUGUCCAAAUUACCUAGCCUUGAUUUCAGCAAAGGGUUGCAAGCCACCAACAACAACAAUCAUCAUCAUCAUAGUGAUGAUGAUUCAUCUUCCUGGGGUCAUUUUGGACAUCAUCAUCAUCAGCAUCAUGAUAUUGAAGUUGAUGAUCAUAGAGUAGUGCAUAAGAAUAAUGGUCAUCAUCAUCACCAUCAUAAUCAUGAUGAGUUUAGCCAUGCAAGUGAUUAUAGCAUGGGGUAUGAUAGCAUGAUGAUGAGUGGUGUUAGUGGUUCAGGAAAAGGUGGUGGUGGAAGGAGGAGACCUGGGAUUCCUCACUCCAAGAUUUGCACUGUUUGUAGUAAUUAUAUCUACAUUCUAAGGACUAGAUGCUUGGUAUGUGGCAGAGUUUACUGUAGGCAAUGUGUUGAAAUUGGGAUGGGAGAGAUGACUGAAGGAAGAAAGUGUAUCGAGUGUCUUGGAUUAAGAUUUAGCCAAAGGUACAUAGAAAGGGCAGGGAUGUUAGGGUGCUGCAGUUGGAGGUAUCCAACCACAUUGAAGCAAACUGAACUGAAAUGGGCUGAGAAAGGACCAAGGAGGAGUGGUGAAAGAGGCUACAGUCACCACCAUGGCAUGCCACCUUCAAGAACACCUACACCUACUCAUAGCAAUGAACCAUCUUUUGUUAUGUCUGCCUCUUAUUCCCCUUUCUCUUCUCAUCACCACCUUCCCCUUUAAUUUAUUUUAAACACCCAACAAUUCAAACAUCACUACUAUACUCUACUCCCUUAUUUUUUGGUAUAUUCUUUUGAAUUAAUAUUUAAGAUUCAUAUACAUUGAUUCAAAAAUAUAUUAAAGAGUGGUGGCCUGGUGACAAAUAGACUAAAAUUAAGGGAGUAUAUAUAUAGAUGUGGUGAA